AUGCCAAAAGACAGCGAUGUUCCGCAGCCAGGGCCCGCGCGCCUCGCAAAAGGUGCAGGCCCCGACGAAUGGCUGGAGCAGGCAAAGCAGUGCAAAUACCUGCCCGAAGCUGAUAUGAAGCGCCUUUGUGAGAUAGUCAAGGAGUGUCUUAUGGAAGAAUCCAACAUACAACCCGUCCGAACCCCCGUCACCGUAUGCGGCGACAUCCACGGUCAAUUUUACGACCUGCUCGAGCUCUUCCGCGUUGCUGGAGGAAUGCCCAAUGACGCCCCCACCGCACCCUUAUCUCCCCCAGUUACAUUACCCAGCACCAUCAACGCUGCAGACCUCGAGCCUCCCUCAAGCAUAACAGAUCCCAAGGUCAAGCGCAAGAUGAAGCGGAGAUUCCAGCGCGACCCCAACUACACAGGGCCAGUCAGUCCCCCUGGGGGCGACGGGGAAGAUGACGGGGGAGACGAAGAGGAGGAAGAGCGGGGCCGCAGUAGAAGUAUUCAAGAUAGAGGGAGUUUUGGCUCCUCGGAUGCCGACUCGACCAAGAAUACAGUGGGUGGCAAUGGGCAGCAAAACUUCAUCUUCCUGGGCGAUUUUGUAGACCGGGGGUACUUUAGCUUAGAGACCUUCACCUUGCUCAUGUGCCUAAAGGCAAAAUUUCCAGAUCGCGUUACCUUGGUACGCGGAAAUCACGAGUCCAGACAGAUUACCCAGGUCUACGGCUUCUACGAAGAGUGCCAAACAAAGUACGGCAACGCAUCCGUCUGGAAGGCUUGUUGCCAAGUGUUCGACUUUCUAGCCCUAGCCGCCAUUGUAGACGGAAAGGUGCUUUGUGUACAUGGUGGUUUGAGCCCGGAGAUUCGUACACUGGAUCAGAUUCGCGUUGUUGCGCGAGCCCAGGAGAUUCCGCACGAAGGAGCCUUUUGCGAUUUGGUGUGGAGUGAUCCCGAGGACGUCGACACAUGGGCUGUUUCGCCUCGAGGCGCUGGCUGGUUGUUCGGAGAUAAGGUGUCUUCAGAGUUCAACCACGUGAACGGUCUGCAGCUCAUUGCGCGAGCCCAUCAGUUAGUCAACGAAGGCUACAAGUACCAUUUCAAGGACAAGGACGUAGUCACCGUCUGGUCUGCACCCAACUACUGUUACCGCUGCGGUAAUGUAGCGUCUAUUAUGAACCUCGGCGAAGAUCUCAAACCCGAGUUCCAGAUUUUCUCAGCCGUGCCCGAUCACAAGCGUGCUGUUCCUGCUGGUAGGGGUGGCCGAGGAGAGUACUUCCUGUAG